AUGUCACCUUCUACGAUCUAUACAUUUGGGAACGAUAAUGGCAUUGAUGCCUUAACGCCCUCCGAAAAGAAUAUCUCCAAGCACGAGACCGAAAUGGGAAAAACACACGAUGUGGAGAACGCUGCUGGCCAGUUGGACGAGAUCAAUGAGUUCAAGCAGGGUCUGCACCAGCGCCAUAUUCAGAUGAUUGCCCUCGCUGGCACAGUCGGCACCGGUCUCUUUCUCAGUUCAGGACGAGCAAUUGUCUAUGCUGGCCCGCUGGGUGCAUUUCUUGCAUACACCGUCAUUGGCCUCACUGUCUCGAGUGUCGUAUGGGGUGUUGGAGAAAUGGGUGCCUUGGCCCCUCUCAAUGGUGGUGUGAUUCGAUAUGCGGAAAUCUUCUGUGAUCCUGCUCUAGCGUUCGCCAAUGGAUGGAACCAAGUAUAUUCCUACAUUGUCUCGAUUCCCUCCGAAAUUGUUGCUGCCGCCGUUAUUAUCGAAUUUUGGACAACUAUCAACAACGCCAUUUGGAUCACCAUCUUUGGUUUGUUGAUGCUGAGUACCGCUUUGAUAUUCGUCCGAGUAUAUGGAGAACUGGAGUUCGGUUUUUCCAUUUUGAAAAUCAUGCUCAUAAUUGGAAUCAACAUCAUGGCUCUGGUGAUUACAUGUGGUGGAGCCCCAAACCACAAAUCCAUUGGCUUCGCCUACUGGAAAGCACCUUAUGGACCUAUGGUUCAGUACUUAGGGCUUCCUGGUGCGCUGGGUAGAUUCCUAGGAUUCUGGAAAACAUUUGACAACGCUUUAUACGCCUAUUCCGGAAUCGAAAAUAUCACUGUCGCAGCUGCCGAAACCCGUUGCCCUCGCCAGUCUAUUCCCAUGGCUGCCAGACGCAUCUUUAUCCGGAUUUUGCUCUUCUACGUGAUCACCAUCUUCAUGGUCGGCCUGGUCGUCGCAUCGACUAAUAAAGAUCUGCUCGGCUCAACAGGCACCGCUGCCCAGUCACCAUUUGUGAUUGCCGCUCGCGAUGCCGGUAUCAAGGUUGUGCCCUCCAUUAUCAACGCCGUCGUCCUCACCUCAGCAUGGUCCUCGGGCAACUCCAACAUGCUUGGUGGAUCUCGUAUUCUCUACGGAAUGGCAUCUCAAGGUCAUGCACCCGCCGUUUUCAAGCGUAUCAAUCGCUUCGGCAUCCCUUACGUCGCUGUCUCUCUUUACGGCGUAUUCAUGGCCCUGGGAUAUAUGACUCUGUCCAGCUCAGCAAGCAAUGUCUUUACAUGGCUGCAAGACCUCGUCUCGAUUUCCACCUUGGUCAACUGGAUCUGCAUUUGUGUUGUCUACCUGCGAUUCCUCUACGGAUGCAAGAAGCAGGGAAUCGACCGCCACACGGAGCUUCCGUGGGCUGCACCAUUCCAGCCCUACACCACUUGGGUUUCUUUGGUUGUGUUCAUUCUUCUUUUCUUUACAGGAGGAUUUACUACCUUUAUGAACGGGCGUUGGAGCACUGAGACGUUCAUCUCCUCAUACUUCAACCUUCCCUUCAUCGUGAUAGUAUACUUUUCCUACAAGUUCUGGAUGAAGACCAAGAUCAUUCCGCUGGCGGAAAUCCCCAUUCGCCCUUUCAUCGAAAGCUAUCAGAAUAACCCUGAGCCGGAGCCCAAGCCCAAGCGGGGUCUCAACAAGCUUAAUAUCUUGUGGUCUUGA